CUAUAAGCCCUCCAGAUCUAAUUCUCCUUUGUUUCCCUUUCGAAGCAACCAAGUUGGUGACCAACCACCUUAAUUAAAUUUCUUGUUUUGGAUCCAUCUAAAUGUUACGAUUCAUACGUUAAAUUAUUGAUCGCUUGACUAGAUUGUAAGCUUAUUUGGUCGAAUGGCUUCUGCUAUGAGACCAAAGGGUGGUUUGCUUUCAGGCUUCAUAUUAAUUAUGGUUGUUGGGUGAGCUUGUGGGAGUAUUUGAACUGGUCUUAGAAGUCAUUGGCAAAGAGGUCAACGGCUCAGCUUUUGGAUUCCCAAUGUAUGCUCAAUAUUUAUUUUGUUAGGAAAGUCGUCGGUGGCAAUUUCAAGGAUCUUUUGCGCCCGCAGGGAAGAAGGAACAAUUAGGUCUUAACUCUUCGGCCGAGAAGCAAUCUGAGGAUCGAGGAUCUCCCAGGAUGAAGACGGCAGGCGUGGUGAUGAUGGUUGGAGAGUGGUUUGCGCGUUAUGUCGCAGGGAAGGUGAGGGACAAGAUGACGGAGGAGGCCUUCUCCUCUUGCGCCGACGACCGCAAUGUGCUGGGGGAUGUCAGAGCCAUGCUGAAGAGAGUGGAGGAGAGACUUCCCGGCGUGCACGCCGUGAUCCAUGCGGCCGAGGGGAGGCCGAUCAGAGACACGUCGCUGGCAUUGUGGCUAGCGGAACUCAAAGAUGCUGCUUACGAGGCCGACGACAUGCUCGACGAGUUCGAGUUGAAGGAACUCCGCAGUCGUCAUCUGCAUGACAGCAGCAAGGUAACGGCACUCGCCUCCUCGGCCCUCAGAUUUCUGAAGAACCUAUUCGUCACCGACGACGAGCUCCGAAGGUUAGGGAAACUCGUGGGGGAUCUCGACGAUAUUUGCCUUGACAUCGACCGGAAGAAAGCAGAGCUGGACGAGUACAACGGGAAGGACAAUUCUGCCACCAGGGAGACCAGCUCAUUCCUCCACGAUGAAGUGAUCGGGAGAGAUGAAGAGAGAAAUAAGAUACUGGACAUAUUGCUGAGUUCGGCACAUGAUCCCGAUUUCGGCGACAAGAGGGCCGGGAGUAGCAGCCACCCCAGCUUCGGAGUUCUUCCGAUCGUAGGCAUGGGAGGAGUAGGGAAGACCACACUGGCACAGCUCGUCUACAACGACCAACUGGUGGCCGACCAUUUUGAGCUCCGGAGGUGGGUGUACGUCUCCGACGAUUUCAACCUGAGAAAAAUCGUCAAAGAACUGGUGUACGACAUGGCGUUCGAUCCUCUCUUUGAUGAUAUCUGCUCAGGAGAAAUCCAAGCCAAGCUCCAGGAUGCUACAAGAAACGUGAGGUUCUUGUUUGUGCUCGAUGAUGUGUGGGAUGAAACAGGAAGCAAAUGGGAACAACUCCGCGACGCCUUGGCCUCCGGGGCCAGAGGAAGCACCAUACUGGUGACGACUCAGAGCCCCCUGGUUGCAGAGACCAUGGGGACCAUGGAGCCGAUCAAACUGGAGGUGUUGGGUCAAGAUGACUUUUGGAGACUCUUCGAGCGAUGUGCAUUCGGUGACAAGGUGCCCGACCCCGAUUUAGCGAGAAAGUUGGAAUUGAUAGGUCGGGAAAUCUCGGGAAAGCUGCAUGGCUUACCUUUAGCAGGGAAGGCGAUGGGAAGCUUGUUGAGACGCAGGUUAGAGGAGCAGUUUUGGACGACGAUAUCGGAAAGCGAGUGGUGGGAGGACGACUUCGCCGUGGAAAACAUCCUUCCAUCUCUGGGUCUGAGUUAUCAGCACCUGAGCACAAAUCUGAAACAAUGCUUUGCUUACACUUCCAUAUUCCCGAAGGGUCAUGUGUUCGAUAAAGAACGAUUAGUCCAGAUGUGGAUCGCCCAAGGUUUCAUCCAUCCCAAAUCCGAGGGAAGAACGAGACCGGAGGACUUGGGGAGUCAGAUGUUUGAUGAAUUGUCCAACAGGUACUUCUUCCUUCCUACGCUGAACAACAAACAUGUGAUGCAUGAUCUGAUGAGAGAUUUGGCUGUUUAUGUUUCUUGGGACGAAUGUUUCGUGGUCGACGACGAGCCUGCGGAAAUUCCACCCACCGUUCGCCACUUGGCUCUCAGGACAACGAAACUGGAUGCGGUGAGAGGUGUCUGCAAGUUCCGAAAGCUUCGAACGAUCAUACUUCUCAACGAGUAUGAUUCUGAAGAUUUUUAUCAUGUUUUGGAAGACAUGCUUGAGAAUCUCAAGAGCCUCCGGGUGUUAGAUCUGUCGAACAUCCGCAUGGGGAAGAAGAAGAAGUUACCCGAUGCAAUCUGCGACCUACCACACCUUCGGUUUUUGGACCUUUCCUGCACGAAGACGAGACACUUGCCUAAAUCAUUUUCCAGGAUCUGCCAUCUGCAGGUGCUGAAUCUGAAUUCAUGCCGCUUUAAGAAGAUGGCGGAAGGAAUGAACAGGCUGAUCAAAUUGCGGCAUCUGUACGCGGAUGCCGAAACGAUUUCUCUGAUCGACGGGAUCGGGAAAUUGACGGAGCUCCAGGAACUCGCAGAAUUCCGCGUCGCCAGGAAGAGAGGACACCAGAUAGGAGAGUUGAAGGAACUGAGAAAUCUCCGAAGGCGGCUCACGAUACAGAAUCUCGAGAAUGUCGAAACCAAGGAGGAGGCAAUGGAGGCGAAACUGAAGGACAAAUCGCACCUCGAUUCGCUGUGGUUGAAUAGGAAACCCGACAUACAUAGCCCCGGCGAUCGGGAAAAGGAGAUACUCGAAGGUCUGGAGCCACACUGCAACCUCAAAGAGCUCAGAAUCCAGCACUACGGAGGUACGACUUCCCCAGAUUGGCUGGUGAGGAAUCAGCAUCUCACCAAUCUGGAGUCUCUCCACCUGAACAAUUGUGCGAGGUGCGAAAGUCUCCCACCGCUCGGGCAGCUUCCCUUCCUCAAGCUAUUACAUCUCAUGUCGAUGCCGGUGAAACGAAUAGGAGCAGAGUUUUACGGAGAUGCAGAGCAGGCGUUUCCGUCAUUGGAGACGCUAAAAUUUGAAUCUUUGAAGGAGUGGGAGGAAUGGGCUGAAGCAGAUGGCAGGCAAUUCUUGGGCCGCCUUCGUGUGCUCCACUUCUACGAUUGCCCGAGGCUGAGAAAAGCGCCCCUUCUCUACCUGACCUCGUCGCCAUUGGCAGAGCUCAGUCUUAAGCAUUGUGGUGACCUCGGCAGUGCGCUACCUGGAUGUCUCCAAAUCCUCUCCUCUCUCAACCAGUUGGAGUUGUAUCAUUACGCACACAGAACGGAGAUUUGUCUAUCCAACCUGAGUGAACUCCGGGAGCUGCACCUUUAUCACUGCCCGGAGUUGAGCUUACUUGGUGGUCUGAGGUCUCUUGCCAACAUGAGACAUAUGGAGACCGAAGGAUGCCCCAAGUUGUAUGAGACCUCACAGCCAGGCCAACGAUACGGGGAGCGGGAACUGAGAUCUCUCUGUCAUCUCCAAACAGAUGAAAACCUCAUCGACAAUGUAUGGUUCACGUUAGGAAGAAUCUCUUCCCUCCGGAAUCUGGCACUUCAUCGUUGCGGUGAUCUCGUCUCCUUCACAGUGGAGCAGGAGGAGUGGUUCCAGCAGCAGACCUCCCUCGAACAUCUGCAAUUUCUCAACUGCCCGAAUCUGCAGGCACUUCCUACUUCCUUGGUCACCGUUUCCUCCAUCAAGAAGCUGAGCAUAGGCAACUGCCCCAAGAUCAGUUCACUGCCGGAGAGUGGCGUGCCAAUGUCGGUCAAAGAAGUGCGAAUAUGGGGGUGCCCGUCGCUGAGUGAUCGGUGCAGAAAGGAUCGAGGACCUGACUGGCCAAAGAUCGAUCACAUUCCUCGCGUAUGCAUCGAUGAUGAAAUCAUACAAAUGAUGUGAUGACAGCAUUAGGAAGUCACUCUUCAGGUGCGCUUCUAUUACCAUCGUUUGUUAGUUUGGCAAGUCUCAUAGUCCCACGUCGGGAAAAUCAGACUUAUUGUCUCGUCUUGGAACUAUAAAUAAGGGCCUGAGCUUUGAAGUCAGAUGCACCACAAGAAAACCUAAGUAUUUACUUUGGUUUAAGUCCACACUCAGUUAAAUAGGUGGACUUAUAGUUUGGGUUUUUCUUAUUUAGUAUUUUCGGGUGUUUUAUGACCUAGGAACAUCUUCCUAAGGCAUUUAUAAUUGUCCCUCUUUUGCAGUAGUAAUUUGCUCCUCUUUCGUCCGUGGACGUAGGUCAAAGUCAAUUGACCGAACCACGUAUAUCUGGUAUUCUGGUGUUCUUGUCGCUUUUAUCUUUUUAGUUUUAUUGUCUUUGUUGUGUUGCCAAAAUUACCUUGUGAUAAAUAUCCUGGGGCUAGCUCUAACAAACUGGUUUUAGAGCCUGGUUCAAGAUCUUUUGCCAACGAUGACAAUAACAAAGAUUGUUGUCGAGAAAUUCGACAGAAAUGUCAACUUCGGCUUGUGGCAACUCAAGAUGGAGGCCAUUCUGGUUCAAGACGGAGUUGAUUUGAUAUUACAGGGAGCCGAGAGCAUUCCAGAUGAUAUGUCAAAAGAAGAGCUUGCGUGUAUUGAUAAGAAGGCUCGAUCAAGCAUCAUUCUAAAUCUCUCUGAUGAGGUUUUACGGGAGGUAGCUACGGAGACUACGGCUAAGAGCAUGUGGGACAAGCUUAAAGCCUUGUACAUGAAGAAGACAUUGGA